CUGAGGAGGUCGAGGCUGAGGCAGAGAAGGCCAGGUUACAUCGUGAGGAGAACUGCCCUGCACCAGAAUUGUUGGUAUGCAUGGCAGAGCUCACGGACUUGUGCAUGAAGCUCCAUCAGAAGAUCGAGAGGGUUGAUGAGGAGAGAUACGACAUGUCAACCAAGGUGACCAAGUCCGAGAAGGAGGUUGAGGACUUGAAGAUGAAGGUAGUUGAACUGAAUGGAAAGUUCCGGAAGCCCGUCCUGAAGAAAGUACGCAUGUCUGCUGACGCUAUGCUCCAGGCUCUGCUGGGCUCCAAACACAAGGUGUCCAUGGAUCUGAGGUGCAACCUGAAGCAAGUCAAGAAGGAGGUCAAGGAGGAGGACAAAGAUGCUGUGGGUGACUGGCGUAAGAACAUCGAAGACAAAUCAGACAGAAAGAAGAUGUUUGAGACUCAUAAGGAGUAGAAACGAAACCUGUCUGGAACUCUUCUGACAAAUAUCCACGUGUAUAAUCAAAUACUCCAGCGUUGACGAGCUAUGUGUUGGGAUUUCCGUUUGUCCCCCAUUGGAUAUCUAGUCUUUUGUUUCACACGUAACACAAAAACAGUUACGUGACCCCCCCC